GAAUCAGUAGUAGGGUGCCAGGCUGCCAGCUAGGCAAUAGAGAAAGAGAGACUGAUUCAGUUCUGAGGUUCAGCCUGAACGUGCAGUAAUAGCGGAGUGUUUAAGCAUGCCCGCGAUUAGGUGAUUAUUAUUGCUGACAAGUUCUCGAGUAACUGAUAGAUAGUAAUAAUAAUGUGCUCUUUGUGUGGAAAAGUGAAUGCUUCAUUUUACUUGAAUAAUUAUUCUUAAUUAUUACUCUUCACGUUGCUCUUGAAUAUCCAUUAUUGUCUUUUCAAAGAGUAGAGCAUGGUUCCGAGUAGAAGUAGGAUACCUAUUAUGUUGUAUGCAAAAAACGUCUUGUGCUAUGUGCGGUUCUUUUUACGAGUACAAUAUGGAUUGACAGAUUCGGCAAAGCUUCAAGUUUGUGUGUAGGCUCAAAAGUAGGUUGAAAGUAUGUUCUUUUCAGUGUCGUGAACUUGGACUAGAUUGUUGACAUGAGUUCUAGAUAUUCACCCAUGGAUUUGAUCCAUAGAAGACCCCACUCGAAAGGCUGUGAGAAAGAUCACAUGCUGGAAAAAAUCAACUUAUGUCUCACCAAUGAAUCAGAAAAGAAGGAAUGCAAACCAGAUGAAGACGAGAAUGAGAAAGAAGAAGAGGAAGAGCACUUCAUACCUUCAAAGCAAUCAAGUUUGCUGAAUGGCCGGCCGAUCCCUGAGAGCGAUGUCGAGCCAACUCGCAAUGUCCAACUGCAAAGAGAGCUGGGGCUCUUCAGUGCUGUCAGCCUUAUACUCAGUGUAAUGAUAGGUUCGUCAGUGGGACUCACGACUUUCAUAUCACAGCCGGGAACGACAGCUGUUCUUUUAAUAUUUGAGUUUUCAAAAUGUAUCAUGAUUUGUUUUGCAGGUGCUCUCUCGUUUUCUGAACUAAGUACAGUAGUUCCUAGAUCGGGAGCCGAGUACUCGUACUUCAGAGUAGCAUUCAGCAAGCUGCACCCGUUCCUGGGGCCUCUGCCGUGCUUCCUCUAUGCCUGGGUGGUUGUGCUCAUACUUCGGCCGGCCGAAAUCGCCAUCAUCAUUCUCACAUUCACCGAGUAUGUCUACUCGCCGGUUGUCACGCUCAGUGGAUUCAAAAUCACGCCACCCUACCAGAUGCUAUUGAAGAAACUGCUCUCCCUUCUAACACUGGGAACGAUAUCUUACAUAAACUUCUCCAGUGUCAAGUUGUUUGUUAAACUACAAAACAUAUUCUCGUCAUUCAAGAUCGUCGCUUGCUUCGUUGUAAUAUUGGGUGGCGUGUACAGUCUAUCCGCUGGAAAUGUCAGUAACCUGAAUACAGGGUUUGAAGGCUCUAAAACUUCUUUGAGAGAUGUUGUAUUGGCACUCUACAGUGGGCUUUGGGCAUAUGAUGGGUGGUCCUCGGUUACUGUUGUUGCGGAGGAAAUCAAAAACCCAGAAAAAAAUAUAUUUCGAAGUAUUCUGAUCGGUGUACCGCUGGUUACAAUUCUCUACUUCUUCAUGAAUGUCUCGUACAUGUCAGUAUUAACUAUUCCGGAGAUGACGGCUGCCCCUGCCGUUGCUGAGGCAUUUGGAGAGAAAGUUAUGGGAAGUCUCUCGAUAAUCAUUCCUAUUGGAGUGGCCUUAUCUACCUUCAGUUGCAGUCUUAGUGUUCAGUUCGGUGUUUCCAGACUUUGCUAUGCUGCUGGAAGAGAAGGUCACAUGAUUGAGGCUUUCUCGUAUAUCCAUGUGAGAAAGUGUACUCCGGCACCCGCUGUGGCUCUACAGGGUCUUCUAACUACCAUAUUCAUUCUGGCUGGCGAUAUCUCAACGUUGAUAGAAUUUGCCAGCUUCCUUAUAUGGAUCUUCUAUGGACUGACAAUGGUAGCGCUUAUUGUUCUCCGUUACAAAAAGCCUCUAGCCAAUCGUCCUUAUAAGGUGCCAAUCAUUAUUCCAAUUUCACUGGCAAUUCUUUCUGUUAUCUUGGCAUCUGUGCCUAUAGUAUUCAACCCUCAGAUUCAAUACAUCUGUGCGCUGAUCUUCAUAGCUUUGGGACUAUGUGUCUACUAUCCUUUCGUCUAUUUAAAGUACAGAUUGCCAUUUAUGGAUAAAUUCACCUAUCUGAUCCAAGUGAUGCUGGAGGUAGUACCGCCGCCCAGUAAACCAGACGACACGACGCCGUCCCAGACAACAAUGACGCCUCAGCCGAGCGUAAUCACAGCCAAUGGCAGCGCGGCUAACGUCAGUGCUACAGCAAAUAGCAGCGCAGCUAACGUCAGUGCUACAGCAAAUGGCAGCGCAGCUAACGUCAGUGCUACAGCCAAUGGCAACCUAGCCAACGGUGCUGCAUUCCAUGGCCUCACACCAAUGCCCAUCAGCGUCCAUUCCAUUUCCUCGACCAAUGGAAUGGCAACGGCACUACCAGCCAAUGGAGUCAUUGUCACCAGCUCAUCGAACGCAAUAAUUCAACCUCCUGUAGCCUCACAACAAUCACUAAUAGUUGAUCACUAUACAUAGUGUCUAUCCUCACGCUAGAAUACUUUCUUGGUGUAAUUGAGAUGUCAAUCAUUAACAUGAUUAAGGGAUAGGCAGGAGCAGACAGGAUUACAGAACGCAAUUGAAUGAUGAACUGCUCAAAACAAUAUUACCGUACUGUAAAUAAAAUGAAUCCUUGAUCAUUGUUGGUUAUAUUAACCAAAUUGAACUUGGAGCAGAGAGCGUAAUCACAACCACAGAAAACUGGUUAAUAUCUUGUGAUUUCUUUAGUUCUCAUCUAUAUGAAUACAGAGACAGGUCAUGUAUAUAAGAAGGCACCGGUCAAGAUAUUGUACAUUAAUUUAUGUGAUUAUUGAACCACGUAAUGAUUGCUCAUGAUUUUAUUGUUUUAAUCAAUAAAAUAUCCUUAUGAAACUCUAAUUACAAUGCAACUUCAUAUUAAGUGUACUUGUAGAAUUUAUACUAUUCUGUAAUAAGUAAUGUAAGCAUGAUUGAAGUUAGAUUUAUAAUAAUCAAGAUUUUUUAUUAUACAGUAUGUAUUAAAUACAUAGAUUUGUUAGAGAUUCCUUCCUUUCUAGUGUCUAUCAUGGGGUAAAUAUACUAAUUUCCUGUUCAUUUUCAGGAAUUUGAUUUUUCAAUUCGCUUCAAAAGUGAUUUUUGACUAGAUUCUGAUAUCAUAGUUCAUUUUUCAAAUAAAUAAUUAUUCAAGCAAAUACUCAAGCUUUAUCGGGAUUCAACCAUCGUUUUUAUAUAAUACAACUUAUUCUUUACCCAUCCAAGAUUUAGUUCAGUGGAUAAAAUCUAAAAUAAGUAUUUUAUUACUUAAAAAAGUAUAACUUUUAAAAAAGUAUAAAAACUCAUUUUAUAAAAAUCUAAAUUGUUUUUAAAACUUUAAAAAAAUGCUAUUGUGUUCGGUUGUUGAUUGACUUUCGCUUUUUUAAAGGUAACUGUAAACCUUACAGUUUUUAAGGCAGCUCACAUUCCAUAGUUUUUGAGAAGUUGUUUCUGGAAUAGAAAUGCUCAAUAGAUUUCAGAUUAUAAAUGUUUCAACGUCUAAAGAUAUUCAAUUUAUAAAUGAUAUCUACGUUUUAUUAUAAAGUAAUACUAACUUAAAUUCUAUUGAAGAAGCAUUUCUUACUAUUCAAGUUUAUGGUCAAAAUCCCACUCGACUAAGAAUAUAAGAACGAUUGUCUGGUUCUGAUGAGUUCAAGAACCUCAUUAUUUUGUUCACAUUGUUUUAUGUAUAAUAUAGCAUUUAUUCUUAUAACUAUAAAUUGUACUCUGUG